UAUUAAAAAUAACGGAAGUACGAGAAGGAAAACAAUCGAGUUUUAAAUAAUUCACUUAUACAGUACAUCGUAUGAACAUUCUUUUGAACCGGAUACUCAAUAAUAAACUCGCGAUACGCAACGUUGCAAAAAUUAUGUAACGUACUAUAAACAAGCAAGGAAAACAUUUUCAGCUUUGUUCAAGUGAUAUUACCUGAACUGGAGUUGUGCUGCAUUGGGAUGUCAACGGUGACUAUGAGUCACGUAAAUGUACAACUUAACAACUUCUGUUAGUGUGUGAAAGUGCAGCAUUCUACAAUGAAACUUUCUACUCUUACAACCUUCUUCAUGGGAUGUGGUCUCUGUCUUCCUACAAAAUCGGAUCAAUCGUCACCGAGGGUAGAGACACCCCUGGGAAUCAUCGAAGGUUUUUACAACACCUCGAGUACCGGUAAAAUAUACGAAGCUUACCAAGGUAUACCCUACGCCACACCGCCGAUCGGAGAAUUGAGAUUCGAACUUCCAAUACCGAUUUCUCCGUGGUCCGGAGUUCUUACGGCCAAGAAAUUUGGCUCGUCGUGUAUCCAAUACGGCGCUGUGGCAUCCGUGCAGAGCACUGGUAGCGGUGUAAACGAUUCCGAGGAUUGCCUUUACUUGAACAUUUACACACCAGCUAUGUCGAGGCGGCAGAAUAAAAGUUUCAGAAGACCGAAAAAUUCUCUACCCGUUAUAUUCUACAUUCACGGUGGUGCUUUCAGAGCUGGAAGCGGGAUGUAUUACGGGCCAAAGUACUUGCUCAACGAGGACGUGAUUCUCGUCACUUUGAAUUACAGACUUGGACCACUCGGUUUUCUAAGCACGGAGGACGACACGGUGCCAGGAAAUAUGGGACUCAAGGAUCAAGUAAUCGCGUUGCGCUGGAUCCAAAACAACAUCGAAUCUUUCGGUGGUGAUCCAAAGCAGGUUACGAUCGUUGGUCAGAGCGCCGGUGGCGCAGCCGUGCAAUAUCACUUCUUGACCAACAUCACAAAGGGUCUGUUUCGAGGCGGAAUGUCGAUAAGUGGAACCGCGUUGAACUGUUGGACCCAAGCAGAAGCUUCUUUGUUUAAAGCGAAAAAGCUUUCCGCAAGUCUCGGAUGUCCGUGCGACGAUGUCAAAAGCAUGAUUGAGUGCUUGAAAACACGAGACGCUCAUAAGAUCGCGCAGGCAGCUGGAAUGUUCUCGCCCUGGUUGUACAAUCCGAUAUCCCCGUUCGGGCCGGUAGUUGAGAAGGGAGGUGGCCAGUUCACGAUGAUUGAUCGGCCACCAAUUGAUUCGAUAAUUUCUGGCAGAGUUCAUGAUCUACCCUGGAUGACGAGCAUCGUGAGUGAGGACGGGCUUUUCCCGGCUGCCGAAUUUGUAGCAAAUACGACACGUCUGGCGGACUUGAACCAAAAUUGGACGGCCAUAGGACCCGAAUUGCUCGACUACUUGUUUACGAUACCGGAAACCGAGCAGCCGAAGGUAUCUGGUAGGGUAAGGUAUCACUACUUGGAAAAUCGUCCUAUCGACAGCUCGACGGUAAAGCAAAUGAUCCGGAUGGUGACCGAUCGGUUGUUCGGCUACGGUGCCGAGAAGGCGGCGAGACUUCAGGCGCGAGUAAUGAAAAACCCGGUACUCUUUUACUAUUUCUCAUACAGAGGGGCCCACAGCUUUAGCGAAUACUUGAGCGGCAGUAAACAAAACUUUGGCGUAAGUCACAUCGACGACAUUGCUUACGUAUUGGAUUCGUAUUUCGAUCCAACUACGACACAACGCGAUCGGGAAAUGCAGAAGAGGAUGAUUGGUAUCUGGAUAUCGUUUGCAACAGGCGGUAAGAUGCUGAAGACUGGUAUCGUGUGGCCCAGGACGAGCCGAUCAACAUUCAAGGACUUUCGGUAUUUGCAUAUCGCGGGACCGAGACUGAGAGAAAUAAAUACAAAUAGGAACUGGAAUUUUGGUGAUAAGAAAUUUUGGAACAGUCUCGGAUUUCGAGAAAACAUCGUAGAUCCAUGCUACGACGAUGAAGAGACACUUUUCGAAUAUAUGUAACUCUGAACUGCUACACUGAAUGGUUGGUUAAGUGUACAGUACGCAUCGUCGACUGAUAAUCCAACCUGGUCCAGAAAUAAAACUGGUAUAAUAAAUAUUAUGACUUUGAA